UUCUGCUCCGUUCAGAUUCGCUUUAGUUCAUUUCCGCAGCUGGCGGCGAUGGCAGCGAUUUCGAGCGAUUCCGCGAUUACGACCGAAUAGCACCUGUGAAGCGAGUUUUUGAUUCGAUUGCGAUUUCGAAUUCGGUUACGGUUACGGUUUUGGUUUUGGUUUCGGGAUCUAUAGAUUUUGUGGCGCCAGAUGAGCCAAGAAGUGGCCUCCAUUCCACCGGUUCACCCCUCGGCAACCUUGAACUUGGCCCCCAUAUUCCGCGAUUUGUUUCUCAAUUAGAUGCAGGCCAGUCAGUCAGAUGGUCAGUGAGUGAGUGAGUGCAUCUCGGAGUGUAUAAAAAUAAAUAGCAGCAGCGGCAGCAGCAGCAGCAGCACUAACCCAAAAUAAAAGCCAGCGCAGGAAGUACUGUGCUGCCAAUUUGCGGGCUUGCCAAGGAUAUACUAUACGGACCCCAUUGAGGCAUAGAAUAGAGCGAGUGACUGCCAUGGAGAAGAAGGUCUACCAGGACACCACCCGUCCGCUGCCUAAGACUCGGACGCGGUACUACAACAAGCAGGACAAGAGCGAUCUGGGCGAGGACUUCGUGGCCCCCGACGCGGGAUGGGCGUGGAUCGUCUGCGUCGCCGCUGGCGUUUCCAAUCUUUCCAUCUACCCCUGCCUGCAACAGUUUGGCCUCCUGUUCAAGGACCGCCUGGGCGAUCUGGGCAUGUCCAGUUCCGAGAUCACGACGAUCAUCAACACAAAUCCGGCCGUGUCGGCCUGCACGGGUCUGCUAAAUGGACCGAUGUUCAGGAGGUUCACCUUUCGGCAGGUGGCCAUGGCCGGCGCCCUUCUCAUUUCGGGCGGCAUCGUAUUGACCGCCUUCUGCGAAACCUUCCUGGGUUAUAUGGUGGCAUACGCCCUGCUCUUUGGCUUUGGAAUGGGCAUCAGUGUGUCGGCCUCCUCGCUGGCGAUCAACACGUACUUCCAGCAGAAGCGUCGUCGGGCGGCGGGCUUCUCGUGGACGAUCACGGGCCUGGGUCCGAUCUUCCUGCCGCACCUGGUCACCUUCAUGCUGACCAUCUACGGGGUCCAGGGGACGACGCUGCUCUUCGCGGCCAUCUCGCUGCACGCCUUCGUGUGUGCGCUGAUCUACCAGCCGGUGCGCUACCAUGUGAGGCCGCCGGCUGAGGUGGACGAACCGCCGGAUCAGGAGCAGCAGCCGGAGCCGCUGUGUGCCCACUGUGCCUGGCAGCAGAAGCGCGAGCCGGGCGGCAUCUUUACCAGCCAAUACCUGUGCCAGGACGACGAUGCCCAGCGACCCGGCUACGAGAUCUGUGAGCCCGGCACGCCGAUGCUCUCGCGGGCCAACGAUGGAUGGUACGGAUCGCGGCUGUCCCUCGCCUCCGGGCGCCAUCGAUUUCGAACCAUCUCCAGCUCCAAGGAUCUGGAGCAGACCCAGAGGUUGCAUUGCCCCAUCAGCGAGGAGCAGAGCAACGAGGCCGAGGAGUUCCUGCGGCCCAACAACUUUCGCAGGGAGCGUGUGGAGUCCAAUCUGGAGGCCAAGUUGCGUUGCCAGUGCGCCCAGAAACGGGAGGAGCACAACAAUAACAAGGGGAAGGAGCCCGAGGUGGAGGCACCGCUCCACGAUCCGCAGAUGAGUUUCCUGGCCAAAGUGGUCACCUUCUUCGAUCUGGACCUGCUGCGCGACUUCACCUUCGUCAAUCUGGUGGCCGGACUGACCAUCAUCAACUUCGGGGAGCUCAACUUCUCCAUACUGACGCCCUUCAUCCUGGAUGACUUUGGGUUCGACAAGCCGCAGAUCACGCUGGCCAUGUCGCUGCUGGCGGGAGUGGACAUAACCAUGCGAUUCCUGGUGCCCUUCCUCACCGAGAAGAUUCCGUGGGACAACCGGGUCUUCUUCCUCAUCGGAGUGGUGGGCAUCGCCAUCGGUCGCACGGUGGUGGCCUGCACGCGAUCCUACAGCAUGAUCCUCGCAAGCUUCGUGUGGAUCGGGCUCUGCAAGGGGGUGCGCACCAUCUUCUGGCCACUGAUCAUACCCGGCUACGUGCCGCUCAAUCGCCUGCCAGGAGCCUCCGGACUGCAGCUCCUGAUCUCCGGACUGUUCACCUUCAUCGGCGGACCAUUUGUCGGCUUAAUCCGGGAUCGGUACAACUUUUCGGUUACCCUGCACUGCCUCAAUAUGAUGUCCUUCGUGGCGGCUGCCUCCUGGUCCCUGGAGGCACUUGUUCGGCGGUAUCGGCGCAGGCAGCGAUUGUUGGACAGCUGAGGAGGUCCUCAGAUGGCGGUAUGCAACUCAAUGACAUUGUAGCAUAGGAUCAACACUUUUUUUUGCUAGCUUUAAGGAAAAGUUUUGUAUAAUAAAUGUGCCCAAACAAUAAUGUUAA